AUGUGGAUACAGUGGUCACUUACAAGACUCGUUAGAUGGAGAGUGAAGGACUGGGCUUCAUGUUUCACCGCUUGCAGAUUCCCUUUAGAUGAUGAGACGGAUACGUAUCGAUCGUCGCCGCCGCAACUUCCGAUGAGGAACAUGGUAUUUGAGAUGAAAGAUGGUGAGAGUACUAAAGGCAAAAGGAUUGGUAAAAAGUUGCUAAGGAGAAAGCGAUCAUGCAGCAAUAAGAAUAGUAAUAAUAAUAUAUGUGGUACAAGAAUAAACCCCAGUACAUCAACACAGGCGAGGAGCCAUAAUCUUGUUUCAACAGAAAACACAAAUGGUAAUGACUCGAGCUGGCCUCAUUUUACCGAUGAAGAUUAUAUCGUCUUCUGCUUUAGAGAGGAUGGAGCAUUUGAUGUGGUAAAGGAUUGCAAAUCAGAAACACCAACCAAUCAAAUUGAUUCAUUUGAUUGUACAAGUACUAGAAGAAGUUCAUGGCCUCUCAAUCAAAAGACGUAUGAAGAUGGCCCAACAAGUGAGGAAGAUAUCAAAAUCCCUGUCACAGAGGUGAUGGUUGAUGAAGAAGAGAUUAUAUACGUAGAUGCAGAGUCAUCUUCAAGGAGAUACCAGAAUGAGGAGAUGGAGAAUCAAGGAAUGGUGUCAGUAGGAUCAAGUGACUCCAAUCAAUCGGACAACAGCUCGGGAUCUUUUGCGUUUCCUGUAUUGGGAUGGGAGUGGAAAGGGAGUCCAGCACAAAUGCCGAAAUCAGAGGGACUACAUUUGAGGAAACACAAGACCAUUUCUUUGAGUUUUCAGUGUUGUAGAUUCUGA